AUGGCGACGAUGCUCUCGCGCCGCCUGAGCCUCGCCCAGGCGCGCCAGCUCCUUGCGCCGCGCUUAUCAAAGUCAGCAACGUCGACCUCUGGGCCAGCGCUUGCUCGCUUUCUGCACGCCGCGCCGCCGUCAAAAGAGAAGGCGAACAACCCGCAUCAAGUCCUCACGCUGCCGAACGCGAUCACGUUCACUCGGAUUCUAUCGACGCCGUACCUUGGCUACCUCAUUGUCUCGGGCAGCUAUCCUGCUGCCAUUGGAGUGCUUGGCGCGGCCGGAUUCUCCGACUGGUUGGACGGGUACCUCGCCCGAAAGCUCGACCAAAAGACGAUCGUGGGUACAUUUCUCGACCCGCUCGCCGACAAGGUCAUGGUCGGCACGCUCUGCGUGAGCAUGGGCUACGCAGGUUUGCUGCCGCUCCCGCUUGUCGUUGUGAUCUUUGGCCGGGACCUCCUGCUCAUUGGCGGCACGCUCUACCAUCGGUACCACACAAAGACAAACAGCUCGGCAUUCUUCCAGACGGACGACCUCACGUCAUUCGAAGUGAACCCGAGCAACCUCUCCAAGGCCAACACGGCCCUGCAGUUUGCCACGCUCGGCGGCGCGCUCCUCAACGCCGCGUUUCAAAUGCCGGGCGACCUGGCCAUGAAUGUCAUGUUUGGCUCAGUCGCUCUCUCGACGUUCGCCUCUGGCAGUAUGUACCUGCGCGACUACCUCAACAAAUCGGGCAUGUUCCAGCAUUUGAAAAAGUAA